GGGGACGCAGAUGUCAGUCGCAUCAGCAAGCGCUAUGAGAUUUGUUCAGGGAUUGAGAGUCAUAGUAGCCCGGACAUGCAGCACUUCACAGGUGACUCCAGUUAUUGCAGCUAAACAUCCAUAUAAAGUGGACCUGAAGGCUGGGAAACUAUAUCCAUGGUGUAGCUGUGGCCACAGCAAGAAACAGCCUUUCUGCGAUGGCUCCCAUGUAAAGAAGGCACCUGGUCUCUCACCCCUGCGUUUCACCCUUACAGAAGACAAGGAAGCAUGGCUAUGUGGCUGCAAACAGACCAAGUCCCCACCAUAUUGUGAUGGCACACACAAAGAAAGCCAUGUGCAGUCCCAAUGA